AAAGACCUAUUGUCCUGCCUCUUUCUCUCUCCAACCUCUUGCAGUCCCAGUACCCAAUACCCCUUCCUCUCUCGUAUUCUUCUUCUACUCCAAACCUAAUUAAUCCAUUAAUACCCAUCACCAAACAACAACAAUAUCUGAGUUACUAUCCCACGACAAGACGACCACAAAGUUGAUUAUUUCUACAGCGGCAUUUCUCAUCGUUAAAGGAUCGCUAAAGACUGAAAGACCGAACGAUUAAAGCAAACCACGGCCCAAACCGCAAAGCCGAACCGAAGUGUCCCGGUUCGGUUUGACCGAGAAGGAAAGAGUGUCCUUAUACCUUCUACGCCACCGCUUCACAAAUUGGGGAGAGAGGUUUUGGCUAGGGUUUUUGAGUUAAAAAAAGAAAGUAGUUGGUGCUUAACCGAUUAUUAGAUAUUUCUAUUAACCUUCUCAUCUUCACAGGCAACGAGGCAGCCGCACUAGUUCAUUAGCCUCUUCCUCGGUUACGAUUCUGCAGAUUUCUGAAUCAAAACAUUUCCAAGCUGGACAUAUUUUUCUAUUGUAUCAGAGUCUUACAUCUGUACUUUCCAGUCCAGACAAUGGGGAAAGCGAAAAAAGGCCCUAAAUUUGCAGUGAUGAAGAAGAUAGUCACCUCAAAAGCAAUUAAAAAAUACAAAGAAGAUGUUUUGAAUCCAAAGAAAAAAGAUCUCUCUAAAGACAAGCUCCCUCGGAAUGUGCCACAAGUUUCUUCUGCUCUUUACUUCCAAUAUAACACAGCAUUGGGGCCACCAUACAGGGUUUUGGUGGAUACCAACUUUAUUAAUUUUUCCAUCCAGAAUAAAUUGGAUUUAGAGAAGGCAAUGAUAGACUGUUUGUAUGCGAAAUGUACACCUUGUAUCACUGAUUGUGUGAUGGCUGAGCUUGAGAAGUUAGGUCAGAAAUACCGCGUAGCUUUGAGGAUUGCUAAGGAUCCACGUUAUGAGAGACUAACUUGUAUUCACAAAGGAACUUAUGCUGAUGACUGCAUUGUUGAUAGGGUUACUCAUCAUAAGUGUUACAUUGUUGCUACAUGUGAUCGAGACUUGAAGCGAAGGAUACGCAAGAUCCCUGGUGUGCCAAUUAUGUAUAUUACUCAACACAAAUAUUCAAUUGAACGGCUGCCCGAAGCAACAAUGGGUGGAGCUCCAAGAAUUUGAGACAUAUGCAAGAAUGGGAUAUUACGUGGUUGGAUCACAAUCUUGUCCGUUCUUUAUACGUUAUUAGAAGGAAGUUCCUUUCCCCCAAAAAUAUCAUGCUUUCUUUUUUAAUAUUUCUGUCCGGUGAUAGGCAAGGUCCUACUGAAUGUUUAGCUGAGUGCCUGUCGUGAGUAAGGCUGUUCCCUUCCAUCAAAAGACGGCAUACAAAUUUUGUGCUAGCUCUGUAAUUAUUCAAGUCGCCAGUUGAAAUCAUGUUACUUGUAAUGAAUUUGAUGGUAGUCAAGAUUUAAUACACAAUUAGCAGCAAUAUGGCUAUCAGUUUGAUCAAAGUCAGGAUAUUGAUGAAAUGGUGAAAUGAUAAAAUUUUUUUAGGGGUUA